AACAAUCAUAUAGGUGUAAGCUGCUUGGCAAGUGCGUACACUAAAACAAGUUGCAAGGAAAGAUAACAUUAAUUAAUGAUAGAGGUUCUCACAUUCACAUUGCAGCUGGCGCUGAGAAUCUAUCUACUUGAGAGUUGAGAUCUAGGAAGGCAAGUUUCAACAGAUCGAGCAAAGCAAAGAUGGCUUCUUUGACCACUAGUUCUUCAUCUUCUUCUCUCCCACUUUCUUCUACUGAUCACCAAAAUCACUACACAUACGAGGUGUUCCUGAGUUUUCGAGGCGAGGAUACGCGCUUUAAUUUUACAGAUCAUUUGCACACUGCUUUGUGUCAGAGGGGAAUUGAGAACUUCAGAGAUGAUGGGCUCAGAAGAGGAGAAGAAAUAUCAUCGGCUCUUCUCAAAGCAAUUGAGGAAUCGAGAGUUUCAAUCAUCGUCUUCUCUCAAAACUAUGCUUCGUCAAGGUGGUGCUUAGAUGAACUGGUCAAGAUACUUGACUGCAGAAAAUCAAGAGGACAUGAGGUUAGAUCGAUUUUCUAUAAGGUGGAUCCCUCAGAUGUCCGACACCAAAGAGGUGCUUUCGGUGAGGCAUUUUAUGCGCUUGAUCAAUGCAAAUACAAGGAUAGCAUGGACAAAUGGAAGGCAGCUCUCAAGGAAGCAGCAGAUUUGUCUGGAUGGCCUUUCAAGGAUGGCGAGUACGAGUCUAAAUUUAUCGACAAAAUUGUUGGGGAGUUGUCUGCCCAAGUGAUAAACCCUUCAUGUGAGUUGCAAGUAGCUGCAAAUCCUAUUGGAAUAGAAUCUUGUAGACAAGAUGUCAAUAGACUUUUACACACCGAGGAAAAUAUUGUUCGCAUGGUAGGCAUAUGGGGGCCUGGUGGAAUAGGAAAGACCACAAUUGCAAAAGAUGUGUUUAAUUCAAUUCACCAUAAGUUUGCUGGUAGUUGUUUCUUGGCAGAUGUUAGAUCAAAUUACCUAACUCAAUUGCAAGAGAGGCUUUUGUUUGAUAUUUUAAGGGACCCAGCUUUGAAGGUGAAUAGUGUUGAUCAGGGAGUCAGUUUAAUAAAGACAAUGAUGCGACAUAAAAAAAUUCUCUUAAUCCUUGAUGAUGUGUCUCAUUCCAACCAAUUGCAGAACUUAAUUCCAUGCCCAAAUUGUUUUGGGCCGGGCAGUAGAAUUCUCAUAACAACAAGAGAUAAACGUUGGCUAAUUGCUCAUCAAGUUGAUGAAGUAUACGAGGUCAAAAUGUUAGAUUAUGAUCAAGCUUUGGUGUUGUUUAGCUUGAAUGCAUUCAAAAUAAAUGGACCUCCAAGUGAUUAUCUGGAACUUGCACGACGUGCUAUAUGUUAUGCCCAAGGCCUUCCAUUAGCUUUGAUUGUUUUAGGGUCUCAUCUAUUUCGUAGAAGCAGGGAGGAGUGGGAAGCUACAUUAGAUAGUUGUAGAGAAGAUCCCCAUAGAGAGAUAAGAAACGUUCUCAAAAUAAGUUAUGAUGCUCUGGGAGUAGAUUUGAAAGGAUAUUUUCUUGAUAUUGCUUGUUUCUUUAAAGGUAUGCAUAUAAACCAUGUGAAACCAAUACUAGAAGCUUGCUACGACCUCAAAUCAGUGAUUGGUAUUAAACAACUCCAAGAAAAGGCCUUAAUAAGAAUUGACAGAGAUAAUGAGAUUUGGAUGCAUGACUUGAUAGAAGAAAUGGGUAAAGACAUAGUGUAUCAAGAGUCACCUGGUGAGCCCGGGGAACGCAGCAGAGUAUGGAGCAAAGAAGAUGUCGACCACGUUCUAACAUAUAAUACAGGCACAAAUAAAAUUAUAGGCAUCCAGGCCCGGGUCUUCUGGCGAUCUUUUAAGAUAUCUUUGAAUGCUAAAAGCUUCUCAGGGAUGAAGAAUCUUAGAUAUAUUUCUAUGAGCGAAAUGAUGGAGUAUGAAUUCUUUUCUGGAGACAUUGAUUAUCUCUCCAACCAAUUGAGAUGGCUUGAUUGGUCUAAAUGUCCGUUGCAAUCCUUUCCAUCUAAUUUUCAUGCAAACAAACUUGUAAAUCUCGAUAUUUCUGAAAGUUGCGGCAUCACACGGCUAUGGGAGGGACGUAAGAAUUUUUCAAGGCUAACAUGUAUGAAUUUAAGGGGUUGUGAUUCCAUAACAGAACUCCCAGACUUUAGUGGAAUCCCCAACUUGAAGGAGUUGAAUCUAUGUGAAUGUCGCAAUUUAGUCGGGGUUCCGGAUUCCGUUGGAUUCCUUCCUAACCUUGUCAUCUUGAAUGUUGACCGCUGCUUUGACCUUAUUAUGUUUCCAAGAAAAAUCAACUGGAAAUAUGCAGAAACUAUUUCUAUCCGCUCUCGCAAGCUUGAGGAAUUUUCAAAAGUCGGAAAAGAGAUGAGUUCCUUGAGAAUUUUGGAUAUAUCAGACACUUGCAUUAAAGAAUUGGAUGAGUCAAUUGGAAAUCUCAUUGGGCUUGAAUGGUUGGAUCUUUUUAAUUGCAAAAAUCUUACAACUCUACCGUGCAGCAUUUAUGGAUUGCAAAAUUUAAAGAGGUUUGAGCUUACUAACUGCUCGAAACUUGUCAGCUUUCCAACAAAUACCAAAAUUUUGAAUGUUGAUGGUUGCUCACUAUCACUUCCCAAGCUACAGAUCUUCGAUAUCGGAGGAUGCAGUUUAUUAUCAGAUUGUGAUUUCCUGAUGACUCUUGAUUGCUGGGAAACAUUAAAGUGGCUUAAUCUGUCAAGAAACAAUUUUGUUAGUCUUCCUGCUUGCAUCACCAAAUUUGUCAACUUGGGGUGGCUUGACUUGCGGGAUUGCAAGAGACUCCGAGAAAUUCUGGAGCUUCCGCCAUACGUUAGGCCAGACAUAAGUGGUUGUGAAUCACUGAGGAGAUUCUCGAAAUUGACAAAUCCUGGAGCUGUGAUAGAGGCGGAGUCGUCUUUGUGUUCCAAAACUCCAAAACGACACUGCACCGCGGAAGAGUUGUCUAUGGAACCAACGCUAGUGAUUCCUCCAAAACGACAACGUACCGGGCAAGCAUCAAUGGUUCAUUUUGCUCAUGAAAUGGUUCUCCUCAAUCCCCAAUCCCCAUGAUCCCUGACCUGCACAGCUCCCAUCACUCAACUAAGACCCGUAGCUGUCUUUGUCUCUGCAACCAACUCUAACAUCCACUUCAACCAAAACUGAUCAAUCUAUGGAAUCAAUGAAGGCAUGGUGCUUUGGAUCUGGUAGGUGCUUGAGAUUGGCUAGAUGAUGAUGGGGAACAAUGGUAUCAAAACUGUUUGUACUUGUCCUCAUUGUUGAUCCUCAAUUGAUUCCAUUGUUGUAGGAGAAUAUCGGUGGUAUCAGCUAGCUAGGAAAUGAAAAUUAAGUGGGGACUGUAGACUUUCCACUCUGAAAGGUUAUAUAUUCUGGCCAAGUGGGGUACAUGCUGAUCUAGCUGAAUUUGAAAUGACUGCAAAUAAGCUAGAAGCAAAGAUUACAACUUGGAAAUUCAUAAAUAAGUAUGGCCAAAGAUUUGCCUAACUCAUAUACAUCAAUUUUUUGCUUUUGGAAGUUCUAGCCUGGCUUUGGCUAAAUAUCUUGCUUCAAGGUGAUGCAGCAGGCAUGUGCUGACCUUCUUGAGGAAGAACAAAUUGGUUUCAUUGUUCCUAAGGAUGGAGUUGAUGUCACGUGAUCAUAUGUGGUGGUUGAUGAGAGUUUUCUAAUUCAUUAGAAACUGGCAUGAGUCCCUUCAUAGGUUGCUGCAGGAUCAGGCUCUCUCCGGAAAGCAUUCCAAUUCGUCAAAACCUAUCAAUAAGUGUAUAUAUGUAAUCCUGUUAGAAUAAAUAGUUAAAUAGGCGCUGCAAUUAAGGUAAUGCAAACAAAUGAUCCAGUACUAAUUUUUGGUUUGUAGUUCAUUUCUUUGGUUUCACUUUGUUACUUACUACUAUGUUUUUGGGUGAUUAAUGUUUCACAUUUUCA